CAAGUAUGUUUGUCUGUUGUCACUGUUUGAACGACGAAUCACGAAGUGACGAAAGUUAAAAACGAAAUUGUACAAUUUUGUAAACAUAGCUCCAUAUGUUUUAUUUAAUCAAAGAUAGAUCUUAAUAUAAUAUCAUACAAAUAUCUUAAAACUAUUGUAUUUUCUAAUUGACAUGGUGAUACGAAUGUGCAUAGACAGCAGUUUCCAUUAUACUUCUAAAAAGUUAUCGCGGAUUCAUUAUUAGAUUUUUAAAAAAUCAGAUUCGUCGUCUUUAAGACAUAAUUUGAUGUAUUUGUAAUGCUCACGAUCGAUUAUACAUGUCGAAAAUGUCGAAAAUAAAGAAAUUGACGGGGUCAUUUCGAUACACACAAUGGGACCCAUGCCUUAUAAUAUCCCAGAUUUUAGCAAUGCAGUUCAUGCUCUACGUUACCCUUAGUCUUCUGGUCGCGAUUAUGCAGGACCUAACCGGAUCUACGAGGACUUUAGACCACAUAUUUGAAUAUCAUGAAAUUCAUGUUAAAGAUAGUGAAGGACGAUCAAUGAUAUUUGCAUUUGUCCUAAAUGCAGUUGUUGGUGCAUAUUUAUUAUGGUUGCUGGUAGGACGAACAAAGCUGUGCUUGGAUUUCAGUUGCACAUAUUAUGGAAUCCACCUUAUUGUGUGUUGGUUCUAUAAUGGAUUAUUUCCUACGACUUUCUCAUGGUGGGCGUUGAACAUAUCUUGUGCUGCAAUCAUGUGUGUAGCAGGUGAGUUUCUCUGCCUCAGGACAGAGUUACAAGCCAUACCACUCAGUAACAUUGGAGCUAAAGUUGAUUUAUGAGAUAAGAAUGUCAUGCUAAUUAAUGUGAACCAAAUUUGACUCUAUAUCUUCUUUAACUUAUUUUUGUUACUAGUCGAUGCAGUUAGGGAGCAGUCAAGUAUUACGUACCAAAUUUGGGGGGGGGGGUUUCCUUUUGUUAAAUGAUACAAUGCGGGGUGGGGAUUGCAUUAUGCAUUAUUGUUAAUAUUAUUUUCGACUUUCCAAUACUUUACACCCCAUAGUGGUAACUUUAAAGUAAGUGGUAUAAAGAAUCACUUUUAUUAUACUUGGGUACAGAAAAACGUUACGGUGCCUUACAUGGAGGGGGGUGUCAAUAAUCUCCAAAAUUGCGUGACGUAAUACUUGAACUCUCCCUUACCUGAUGAUCAGAAGUGAAUUGAAUCUGAAUUGUGUAUCUUUGCAGUCAUACUAUGGUAUUAUAAUUGAUACAUAUAUCAAUUAUAUAAUAUCCUUAUCUGUUGGUAAAUUUCCACUGAUGGCUUUUUACCAUAGACCGUGAUUCAUGUCAAGUUAUAUUGUAUAGAACAAAUUUUCAAAAAGCUUCCAAUAAUUGAAUUAAGAGCAAAAAUACCUAUAUAGACAUUAGGAAAUUAACUGUUAAAAUUUAUUUUUAUAAGUGUGCAGAAAUGCUUUAGAUAUAUUGAAUAAUUUAUGAUGUAAAUAAAACAAUUGACUGUGAA